UAAAGCUAAGUUUACUUGUUAUUGAAAAAACAUGUUUUAUUUUAGAAUUUUGUUUGAUUUAUGAUGUAUUUCAUAAAUAAAUUAGAAAUAUAGCUACACUCUCUUGAAAUGGCUGUCCUUUUAAAGCAUUGGCCAACAAUUCGUCCCAUUAUUUUAAAAUUACUUCAUCAAGAGGAUGUGACUCGUGCUGAAUGGCAAGACUUAUUUUGGCUUGUCCACACAGUUUGUCUCUGGGAUGAUAAAGGACCCCCUAAAGUUUACAGCCAUCUCCAAGAUAAUAUUCUGGACUUCAUUCGUCAAGCUCAAUCUAAUGUCUUAGCUCACCAGGAAGAUCAAGCUCUACUGAAAGCUUAUAUUGCUGAAUGGCGAAAGUUCUUCACUCAGUGUAACUAUCUGCCAAUGCCAUUUGGUCAGUUAGAAACAACUUUGGCAGGAAAAUCUGCUUCCAUACAAAAAAAGGCAAGAAGUGAAGAAAGUGCUGUUCGUAAACUAAUGCUUGACAGUUGGAAUCAGAGUAUAUUUUCCAACAUAAAGCAUAGACUGCAAAAUAGUGCGAUGAAGCUUGUACAUGCGGAACGGAAUGGGGAAGCCUUUGACUCCCAACUAGUAAUUGGUGUUAGAGAGUCUUAUGUCAAUUUGUGUUCAAAUCCUGAGGAUAAACUGCAGAUUUAUCGAGAGAACUUUGAACAAGCAUACAUUGAUGCGACUGAGGCGUUUUAUCGUGAAAAAGCACCUGAAUAUUUGGAAUCAAACGGUGUACAGAAUUACAUGAGGUAUGCAGACCAAAAACUGAAAGAAGAAGAACAGCGUGCUGCUAAAUAUCUGGAAUCCUACUCUGGAUCUAUACAAGCCUUAAAUGAAUGCUGCGUCCAGUUUCUUGUUACCUGUUUUAAGGAGGUGAUUCUUGCUGAAUGCCCAACCAUGAUCAAAAAUAAUGAGACAGAAAAAUUGCAAUUGAUGUUCAAGCUGAUGGAUAGAGUAGCUGAUGGUAUAACUCCCAUGCUCAAAGACCUUGAGCAUCAUAUCAUCAAUCAAGGCUUAGCCGACAUGGUGGCAUCUGCUGAUAUUAUUACACAAGAUUCUGAAAAAUAUGUCGAACAACUUUUAGAGUUGUUUACAAAAUUUAGCAAACUAGUCAAGGAAGCUUUUCAUGAUGACCCGAGAUUCCUAACAUCUAGAGAUAAGGCUUUUAAACAAGUUGUUAACGAUAUUUCUGUAUUCAAACUAGACCUACCUUCGAAACAAAAGGGGGUGGGUAAUAAAACUCAGCCGGAAUCUCGUUGUCCUGAGCUUUUGGCAAACUACUGUGAUAUGCUGCUUAGGAAAACUCCUCUGAGCAGAAAACUCGCCUCUGAUGAGAUUGAGACUAAACUGAAAGAAGUGCUAUUAGUAUUAAAGUAUGUACAGAAUAAAGAUGUCUUCAUGAGGUACCACAAAGCUCACUUGACGAGGAGACUUAUUCUCGAGUCUUCUGCCGACAGUGAAAAGGAAGAAAAUAUGGUAGAAUGGUUACGGGACGUCGGAAUGCCUGCUGAUUAUGUAAACAAAUUAGCCAGAAUGUUUCAAGACAUUAAAGUAAGCGACGAUCUAAAUCAAAAUUUCAAAGUAACUCACAUGCAUAAAGGGAGUUUAGCAGAUUCCAUAAAUAUAAAGAUUCUAAAUGCUGGUGCCUGGGCAAGGGGCAGUGAGAGGGUUCAAGUAUCAUUGCCUCUUGAGUUAGAAGAUUUUAUUCCUGUAGAAGAUUUCUAUCAUCGAAAACUACAAUGGUACCACCACAUGUCUAAUGGAGCGAUAACGUUUAGUAAUAUGUCUGGAAAGUUUGAUCUAGAUGUAACAACUUUUCAAAUGGCAGUUCUCUUUGCGUGGAAUCAAAGGCCUUUGGACAAAAUUUCAUUUGAAAAUCUAAGACUUGCAACAGAAUUACCAGAUGCAGAAUUGAGAAGAACACUAUGGUCAUUGGUUGCCUUUCCAAAAUUAAAACUACAAGUCUUACUGAAUGUGACCAGCACAGGGUCUGAAGCCAGGUCACCCAAAGAUUUUGACGACAGCACUUUAUUUUGGGUCAAUCAAGAAUUUUCACUCAUAAAAAAUAACAAACCUCAGAAAAGAGGGAAAGUAAACCUAAUUGGUAGGCUUCAACUCUCUACAGAAAAAAGCAAAGAAGAAGAUAACGAAAGCAUUGUUCAGCUGCGAAUACUUAGAACUCAGGAAGCCAUUGUGAAAAUCAUGAAGAUGCGUAAGAGGAUUACUAAUGCUCAAUUACAGACAGAACUUGUUGAAAUUCUUAAGAAUAUGUUUUUACCUUCCAAAAAGAUGAUAAAAGAACAAAUUGAGUGGUUAAUAGAACACAAAUAUAUGAAAAGGGACGAAGAAAAUAUUAAUGUUUUCAUUUAUCAAGCAUAAUUCUGUUGUAGAAAUAUUUAUAUUUAUAAACAAUUUUUAUUAGGAUUUCAUCUUUUGGCUGAAGCAAACUGAUUAGU